AUGUCACAGAUGAAUGAAUGGAUAAAUGCAACAACAGCGAAAGAUGUCGUUCCAAAGGGUGACCAUCAACCACAAAUUGCUUUGAAUAUCGAGAAAAGCGUUUAUGAAAAAAAGAAAAGAGUUUUCGUUUAUGAAGAAAAGCGAAAAGCGUUUUUGUCUGGAAAAUGCAUUUCAGUUCAAGUUGGCGAAUUCGUGAAAUUCUUUAUCGAAAGAUUUAUUACUGAAUGA